AUGGGUUUAAUGGAUCAAAUUGGCUACAGUUCCCACUUUCAAUCUUUAUUUAUCGUUGUCGUUGAACGAAAUCUUUAUGCAAAAAAAAAUCCCAAGGACAAUGGACGACGAUCAUUAAUUCUAAUCAACUCAAGCAGUCUGAGAGGUGUGAACAUUUUUGCAUUAUUACCUCGUCGUUAUUCGUUUGUUGUUGUGGUUGUUGUUUGUGAAACCUAA